CGACAGUCCUGGCAUCCAGAAAUCACACUUCAACUUCGACGCUCCGCCAGCAAACAGUUGCCAGCCACACCACGCCGCAAAAAGACUUCACAAUGGCCGCACUCAGAUGUACACUAACUUUGCUGCUGGUCACCAUUAUUGUGGCAGCCAUUCUGCUACACAGCAGCGAGGCAGCCUACAGGAAGCCACCGUUCAAUGGCAGCAUCUUUGGCAAGCGCAAUGCUUUGGACUAUGACAAUGCCAAGGCAAUGGGCGCUGUUUGCGAGGUGGCCGUGGAGGCGUGUCAAGGCUGGUUUCCCCAGAACGACAGCAAAUAGGAGCAAGCCC